CUAUUCGCUAUUUCAACGAGGCUACGGCACAGCUACAUUAGGAGACGUGACACAGUCGCAGCGAUAAAUUAAUUUCUUUGAGGAAGCAAGAAAACCACAAAAGAGCCCGUCUUAUCUUUUUCAAACAUAUAUUAAUUCUAUUCAAUUUCCUCUCGCAUGUCGAAAAAAGGCGAUACCACAAUGACUGCCAAAUUGGAAACCGCCCCCUUUGAUCCACGUUUCCCCAACCAAAACGUGACCCGCUACUGCUACCAGUCCUAUGUGGAUUUCCAUCGUUGCCAGAAGAAGCGUGGCGCCAACUACGAGCCCUGCAAUUACUUCAAGAAGGUCUUCACCUCCAUGUGCCCCCAUGCCUGGGUUGAGAAGUGGAACGAUCAAAUCGAUGGUGGCACCUUCCCCGGCAGAAUUUAAAUUCAUUGUUCUUUAGACUAAUAUGAAAAGAGUUGGCUGGGUGAUGGAGUUUGCCGCUCUCUCACUCAUCCGCUGGCUUGCUAACAUACAUUACCUUUUAAAAAAUAUAUUGUCUGCUGUUUUGUUGUCAACAUCAAUGAAUUGUGAAUUCUACCAAAAAUAAAAACAUUCAAACAAAACAA